CGUUAGCCCAGUAAGCCCAAUAUGAGAUUUAAUGGGCCUUGAUAUUUUAUAGACCAAACAUUGAAACAUUGCACGCCUGGUCUCAAAGAACGUUAAUACACGCGCCGCCGGUUGCCGCCAAUCCGCUUUCCCGCCAAAUUCGACACCAUAAAUUUCUUCUAGUCGCUUUCGAUUCCAGUUCCACUGAAAAACCACGAAAGAAGAACAUUUGCACCGUAGUUGCAGAAGGUAGGUGAAGGAUUUAGCUUUCUCUAUCUUUCGAUUUUACGGAUUUCGGACUCAGUCGGAUUGGGUUAGCCCGAUUGACAAAGAUAAUUAUCUAAACGAAGGGUAUUAUCGUCAUUCAAGCAUUCCAUAACUACCUUUUGUUCCAAGAUCGAAAGAAUAAGAAUUCGUGCCGUCCUUAGGUUAUAAAAGUUCCGCUUCUCUUCUUCGCCUUUUUCUUUCACCGAUCUGUGUUGCCGAGUGCCGACUCUCCGUAGUCUUAUCUCCGUCGCCGAUCUGGAUCUCGUCGUCGAAUUCGCCUUAAUCCACCGCUGAUUCUGAAUUUUCCGUGUUCUCUCGUCGUCUCUGCCACCGUCACCGUCUCCCGUCGCCGUGUUCGACCGCUGAUUCUGAAUUUUCCGUGUUCUCUCGGCGUCUCUGCCACCGUCACUGUCUCCCGUCGCCGUGUUCCAUUUAGGUACUCCAUUGAUCCGAUUUCCUUCUUUAGUGUAUGUAUAUGAAUGUGGAUUUGACGUUAAUUUUAAGCUAUUUCGUUUUCUUGUUCUUUACUCUUGUCCUCUUUUGGAGAUAUUGUGGAGAGUCCAAUGAUUCCGUAGACGCAGAACACUUUUUAACACUGACUAUUUUCUUAGAGAUUAGAACUGAUUAUGUGAAUCUGUAUGCGAAUAAUUUUUUUUUAUAACUAAAUUAGCGAUUUGAAACUAGCCGAAGGAGUGAUGGAUUUGGAACUAGGCGAAGGCGUGAUGGAAAAACUCGUGAGCCCUUCAGGGGAAGACAUGAACUCGCGAGCUCAGCAAAAUUGGAAGAAUGUAACUGCUGAAGUGACCAGUAAUUACUCUCGGAUCACCUUUUACUUAUUCGCUACCACAGUUGUCAUCACCAUUCUCGUUGGGUCCAUCUUUGUUCUAUGGUUUGACACCCGCAACGUUGGCACCUUGCACAAGUUACUGUAUGUCUUCUUGUCUGCUGCAACCAUUCCAUACAUUGGUUUGCUAUUCAUUUGCUUGUGCAACGAUGUUCCAGUCCCGAGUUAUCGGCUAGGAGCUGAGGGACGGUUUGGGAUCUACCUAGCUACAAUGGUUGUCAUUUAUUGCAUAUCCUACAGCAUCGAGGACUUUGAUGUGAUGAUGGAAGUGUCAUUUCUGGUGAUUAUGUCUAUAAUAGGAGCGGUUACAAUCGUUCAACUUCAUUCUCCUGCCGAGGAUUUAAAUUCCAGCCGAACCACAUUCAUACUAUUUCUAGGGACGAUGUCUGCUAUUCUGGGUUGUGUAGCGAAGGAUUCUUGGAUGUCCCUUUCUGGUAGCCUCUGUUUCUUCAUGGUUGUCAUGUGUAUCAUCAAAACCAACUGCUUGGCUGCUGAUCAUUUUGAAGAAAAACAACGAGAACGCCGUCGCCAUCGCCAUCGCCUUCCCCAUCCCCAUCCCCAUCCCCAUCCCCAUCCCCAUCCCCAUCCCCAUCCCCAUCCCCAUCCCCAUCCCCAUCCCCAUCCCCAUCCCGAACCCCUUCUUUCAGUUUCGUUCCCCCAUGUGGAUUCUUGAUAUAGUUGUAUAUCACUGCUUCUAUGUCUGAUUUUGUUGUAAUAACCACUUCGGUUUUUACUGGUCUCUCUUGAACUUUUACAUUGAUGUACGGAUUGAGUUUAGUGGCCAAAUAUUUCUUUCUAUUGAAGGUUUUUCUAUUCUCUUUUGGACUUUGAGCAUUUGCUUUGUUUCUGCCGAGAUAUGUCUACAUUGAUCUAACCGGAUCAUCUGUCGUUAUUGAAUCUUUCGUUUCUUUGACAAUCGAUUUAGUGGGAGGUGGGGGAGUUUGUGUCUCAUGCCCGCCCUCCGACUGAAUGUAGAUAUAUGUGGACAUGUUGCUAUUAUUGCUGUAUCUAUGAAGAUCCUCGUGCAGUCACAGACAAAGGUUCUCGUUUCUAGUACUCUGUAAUACCUAUGCUUGAAAUUACCUACCUAAUUUUGUCUCUAGUAUUCUGUUAUUUUGUAGUUGAUUUCCGUACUAAAGUUUUAUCUGAUAGCACAAAUGUUGUUUGU